AUGGUAUCUUUCAUCUACCUCACUGGAGCCGUCUUAGCUUUAUGCACCUCGGCCACAGCUGCACCUCUACAACCUUGGAAGGCUCAUCUCGGUGUUAGUUCUUUCUUCCACGGUCCCCAUUUCAAUGGCACCACCUUGAACAACACGGCCCCAAUCAUCAUCUUGCAAAGCAGGAGCCCCGAUGGCUCCGCCACCAGUCCCUCCAUGAGCGAUCCAUCUUCUGCGAAUACCACCCACAAAUUCUACCUGAACUAUGCUUCCACUCUACGAGCUUCCGAGAAGCAAUUCGGCAGAGACAUGAAGAAAUGCGGCAAGAGAAAGGAUUGCUACGCCCAAGCGUGCACCGAUCUCUUGACUUACAUAGACGACGAAGUCAGCUCUAAUAUGGUGGAAGAUCUAGAUCUGUCCACUAGCCACGAUAAGGAAGCUAUCGAAAACUUUAAGAAGGAACAUGAGGCUGAUAUAUCCAACAUACAUGAUAUGUUUGUUAAGUUGAGCGAGACGUGCAAGAGGAGGGGUUACAAAACAGUCACUUGUAUCAAUGGACUCCCGGAGCUGCUGGCGACUCAGAUUGAAAACCAAGAGAUUCAUAAGCCUGGCUUUGAGGAUUCGGUGGAUCGCCUUGAUGAGUUGGGUUUUUGA